UGCAGCAGAUCCAUGAAGCUGUACAUAAUUAGUGGGAGCCAAUGUAAAAUUCCAGUAACUGCAUCCUCGUGGUUCUCUUCAUCAUACUGUAUGACAAGUCACUGCACUGGUUCUUAAAGACACCAACAUGAACACUGAAAGUUUGCUUCAGGUCGCAACCCUUGGAAGACAACUUCAUUUGGGAAUGUUGUACGACUGCCACAAUGACUCCUUCAUUCCAGGAGUCCACCUGUGGGACGUGGACAACAUUCAGAAGAACACGAUAGUGAGGCAGAGCCCAAACACACAACACCAGAUUCAUCUUACUGACUCUCUGGAAGAAAAAACUAAAAUACUGAACAUAAGUGCGUCUCUUAGUGCCAGCUUUCUCGCGGGGUUGGUAACAGUGGAGGCUUCAGCCAGUUAUUUGAAUGACAAAUCGUCUUCUUUACAUGAGAGCAGAGUGACUGCCCAGUACAUUGAGAGGACCAGGACUGAGCUUCUUAACAUGAACAAAAUAGGAAGCGCGACCUACCAAGACCUCAGUGACCCAGAUUUUAGUGCCACUCAUGUCGUUGUUCAGGUAGAAUACGGUGCAGAAGCGCUGAUGGUGUUCAGUGAAACAGCAUCAGAUGAGAAAUCUAAACAAGACAUUCAAGUAAACAUGAAACUCAUGGUGAAUAAGAUUGGCCUGGUAAAAGUCAGUGCAGAGGGGAAGGUUCAAAUGACCGAUGAAGAGAGGAAGAAGGUGCAGAACUUUACCUGCACCUUCCACGGUGAUUUUGCCUUGGAGGAGAACCCAACCAACUUUGAAGAGGCAGUAAAAGUCUACAAAAGUCUCCCCAAACUGCUCGGGCCAAAUAAGGAGAAAGCAGUGCCCAGGAAAGUCUGGCUCGUCCCUCUAAGAGAACUCCUCUCUUCAGCUCCGGAGCUCAAGAAUGAGAUCAGCGAAAUGAACUGCAUUGAGUUACGGAAUAUAAUGGAGCAGCUGAACGUCGCGAAAAUGAGAGCAAACGACCUCUAUAAAGACAGCGAGUCCAUUCAGGCCACUGACUUCACUAAGAAGAUAAAAGAUUUUAACGAAAACCUUCAGAAAUACAAGCUUCUGUGGAAGAAGAAGCUCUCCAUACUCCUCCCUGAAAUCAGGAAGGGAGCAGAGAAGGAAGAAAAGCUGGAGAAGAUGUUCAGUCUUCACGAAGAAUCACCCUUUGGACCCAAAAUGGACACCUGGCUAAAAGAGAAAGAGACUGAACUCAGCAUCGUCAAAUCAUUCAUUCACCAAAUUAAGUUAGACAUCCCAAAGGUUAAGAUCGUAGCUCGUGAAGACUUUGACAGAGUGUUAUUUGAUCCUUUUUCAGGCAGGAUAGGGGUGUUCGGGUUCAACUCCCUUCAAGAUGAUGAACCUUACCUGAAGUCCCUCAGGGUUUGCCUGAACUCAGAGAAGUUCACCAAAAUGGAAUGUUUACCCUCUGAUCUGCAAACGUCCAUCACAGAGAAAACUCCUUGGUACAGACGUCCUGAAAUCUCGGAGACCCUGAGAGAUUCUCGUGAUUUGUUUUCCCAUUCUGUCAGUAUAGAUAUGUUCUCUCCCUUCAUCAGCUACUUCCGCUAUCCUUAUGAUGCAGGUGCUGCUGUGAGAUUCUACUUAAAUGGGAAACUUCUGUACCCUGACGGCCUAAACCCGACACAUCCAGAGAUCACAGGCGUCAGUGCAAACAGCGUAAGCAUGAAAAAAGUAAGAAUGGACUUUUCUGUAGAAAUUACAUACAAGAAAGUGGCUGAUGGAGACAAGGCACAGGGGCAGAAGGUGCGCUGGUCAGACACAGAAGAAAGUAUUGUGAUCUCAGACCUGCUGCCCAACACAAAGUAUGAAUUCACCGUUGUCAUCAUCAACAUCGGGAAAACAAAGACUUUCAAGAUUGCGACCAAACCAAACUGAAGCCUCGGCUCCUCAAGACAAAGAGACACAACAGCUUCUUACUGAAGACGUGAAGAUUCUUGUUUUACUGCAGUGGAGUCUUUCUUCUGUAACCGAGUCUCCUCUUUUGUAAGGAACUGUCAGUGUCUCCGGAAUGUUACAGGGAAUUGACUGUGUUCAGGAUUUUGUUGUGGCUUUUCUGUUUGGCUGCUUUGUUCUGCAUGAAAACGUUUCAUAUACAGAACCCAGCGCCGAGUGAGGUGUUGCUCUUUAUUCCUAGUCCUGGAGAUCUUUACUGAAUUUUCCAUUCUAACACAUCUGUUUCAGCUCAUCUGCUGCUGGACUGUAAAUUCAUUUAGGAACGUAAAUGUGGAGCUUUAGACCUUUUAACUGCUGUGAGUGAUGAAGAUACACAUAAAGCAAAUAAGCCACCUGCUGUUCCCUUUAAGAUAAAGGAUGUGAAAUUUAUUUUCACUGCUACAGUAAAUCUGCACAACAUAGAGUUUAAAGACUAAACCAAUGAGCCAAAUACCAACGUGCAGUUUAAGGUACACAGUGACUCUGUCCUGUCCGUCUUUUUAAGAUUCACUGUGUUAUACAUCUGAUCUUCUGGGGGGGAUUGAUUUCUAUCUACUGAUUAGCUCUCUCUCUCUCUCUCUCUCUCUCUCUCUCCCCCUCCCUCCCUCCCUC